CCCAGGUUCAGUAGGCCUUUAAAGCCUCCAUCAUACGAGAUUCACCAGCAGACUAGGGGUAGCGCAGAAAUGCUUGCUAUUGACCAGGGUGUCAAACAAAAAGACAGGCCUAUCUAUUAUCCAAGGGGUGGGGAGCUAAGACAAGACUAUUUCGCACAACAUUCUGCCAUCACAGGAAUGGAGCCUCCUGGCUAUAUCCCGCCCCCAUCUUAUAAAAGAGCCCCACCUCCAAGAGCAGUUUCAGUUAACCGCAAUGAAAUGGCAAACUUAAGAUGGAGGGCAGAAGCUUUGCAGAUGCCCAUGUCAGAUCCUGGAAGGUGGUUUUACAGACAGGCAAGUAGUUCCUGGCUGGAACCUUAUGGAGAACGUAGUGCGUCCUAUCGAAAACAGGUACUUUCUUCUGGACACGAAGAACAACCAGGUCAUGCCCGUCAAUUACCCACUGAAGACCCAAGAGCGAAACAAAUCUCAGGAGGGCCUGGCGGAAGUUCUCUAACAGAUUCAGACAAGACACGCAUCAUCAACAAAGAGAUUCCGUCCACUAAGAUUUUAGGACAAUCUACACAUGAUAGUGCCUUUCCUCCCCAACAGGGGCCAGCUCCCAAUACCGAAACCCGUAAAACAGCUCCCAGUGACAGUGACAGCAGUAAUCGAUGGCCCAACAGGGGAAUAAACAAAAAAAGUGACAGUGUAGCUUCGGAGCAAACCCGUACUCCAUUUUUACCUUCAUCUAUUCUGGGUAAACCACCGCCACCUCCAUGUAAGCCGGCUGACCAGGGUGUGUCUGAAACUGUGACAGAAGUAAAAAAGGCAGAGCAACCUGAACCACCAGAAAAAGACAAAACCAAGAAUCUGAAAAAGAGACUCAGUGAAACAAUUUUUUGUUUGGUGUCUGUCCCCGUUACUCCGCAGCUCACUGGUACAAUUCGUGAUCAGAAUAAUAACAAUGAGAAGUCGCCAGACCCAGCGGACAGUCCCAGUGGCAACAAAACUGGCCAUUUAACAAACCAAAGUCUCCAAAGCACAUCUUCAGCUGAAGCUGAGCUGCAAGCACUAACUGGUAGCAUAGCGAGCAGCAAAACAAGCAGUAGAGCAAGCAGCAAAAUGUUUAAAAAACUACCCUGUAGACCCCCUAAGAUAAAUCACUACAAGGAGCUGAAGCUGUCAGGAUCCUGGCCUGCAAACCAGUAUCGAGAUCAGGAGACACAAACUAGCCCAGAGGCCCGAAAAGCUGCCCCUGAAAACAAGGAAGCACAACAAGACCCUGUUCCUCCUGGCACUGAAGUAAGCUCUGAUAGCAGCGGUGUAGUGGGCACUCCCUUCAGUUUUCCUAUAAAGGGAGUGAAGAGCCUGAAACUUUCAAGCAACAGCGCCUUCUCCCUGACCUCCACCUUCUCCAACCAGCUGAACAAGAGCACAGCUCAGCAGCCAGCAGUACCACCCUCAGGAAAUGUGGAGGAGACCAAACCAGCAGCAAACAAAGGACAGGAGAAAUUUGAGUCGUUCCUUUUGAAACCCGCCAGCCAGCGACCAUGGGAUGCAGUCAAAGAGCUGGAGACUAUUAAAAAAGAAGUCCAGGAUCAGCAGCAGCAACAGAGCAGCAAACAGGCCAGUGUUGACAAGUGCAUAGAGGACCUUAACGAAGCCUACAAAGACAUCUUGGAGCUAGGUACUGCCAGCAAUAAAGUCCCAAAUGGUUCCGUCCAAAUCCCUGAGCGUAUCAAAAUCCGACUGACAUCAGAACCUCUCAACAAGCCCAGCAGCCUUAGGCGCAGUGCAGUAAGCUGGUCUGUUGACCCGGAAUACAGGGAAGUGAAGAGCGCCUUCUCCAGGCCUGCAACAAAGUCGGUAACCUUCAGCAAGCAGCUUAGGGAGGAGCUCCCGGUGCCACCUCGGGAGACAGGCUUCAGAGAAUACAGGGUUGUUGCGCAUCUUUCGCGCAGAAGGAGCAAUGAUGGCAGGACAGUAAAGCUAGACCUGCCAGAUGAGCCAAUCGAAACACCUCUUUGUGACUUUAGUCCAGCAACGCACACCACAGCAGCUGAGGUGCCAUGGGCAGAUAGACAGCCCAUGCAGGAUGCCUCUACACUCACUAGUCCUCCAGAUUAUGAAGACAUAUGCCAGGCUUUGCGUCAGUCUAGAGACCCGUCGGAUGUCAGUAAAGCAUCUGCAGGCCAUUCCAGACCUAAUGACACAGAGACUCUUCAAGAUCUCAGCGCUGAAUCAGAGGAGGAGUGCCCUAUUUGUAAAAGAGAGCUUGAGAAUCAAAUGAGACAGGGUCCAUUGCCUCCACUUCACGAGGAGAACAGCUCAGACAGCUCGGCCAAUCAAAAUGGCAGUCCGCCACAAUGCACGGCAUUAGAAAGUCCAGCAGAAGAUACAAAAACAGAGGAGCCAAGCGAGUCAUGUUUAAAUCAGUCAGGUUCUGAAGUGUGUCCUGAAGAAAGGGAGCAGCAUUUACUGACACAGGAGAAUGUGGGAGAGGGUGAAAAAACAGACCGUGCUCAAGCAGAAAACUUGGACAGUUUGUGCAUAGUUAAUCCUGCUGAGAGCAUACCAGCGCAUGGAGCUACAGAGGAUCUCUCCUCUGCAGUCACAGUAUUAGCAACUGAUCUGCCUACAGACCCCCAAGUCACAGAGGAACAGAGUGUUAAUGAAACAGGAACUAAGGAAGAAAAAUUAGAAGAUAAAGAAGCCACUGCAGGAGAAACACCUGAAGGCAGUGCAGGCCAACAGACAGCUGAGGCACAAGACAAUGCAAUGCCAGCUGACAAGCAGGAGCAAGAGAAGAAGCCAUUUGCUAUGCCAGAGCAUAGACUUGGUCUACGGACACAUCUGGGGCGAGACCUCCCCGGGUUACCAGAGUUUCCGCCGGAUAGACUGCCACUUUCAGUCCCCCCAAACCUAGACCGCAGAUUAUCUCUUAGCUUGGAGGGUGAGCGGAGGAGCAAGGGCCCCUCCCAGCGAAUUGAAGCAUUGCAGAACAAACUGGCUAUUUCUCCAGGUCGGGUGGCAGUUGAGCGACUUGCUCGGAUGAGAGACGUGGAUGUUAUGUAUCGCGUGAGGCGCUUAAGCAUCAGGAGUACUGACUCUGGGGAAGGGGAGACAGAGGCAGAAGGGGAGGGCAGGGAAGUACAAGCAGAGGAGCUCAAUCCUGCUCCUCAAACGGGCAAAGACAAUGAGCAAGAGGUCACUGAUUCACAGGAGGACCCAGAGACAGUGUUGCCAGAUGAAGAGAAGUCACCUCUCUCAGAACCCCAAUGAUCCCAGCUGAGGGGAGACAGUGUAGAAAGA